CUGUGGACUUCAGAGGGGCUGCCAGAAAUAAAAAAAAUGCCACAAUUUUGGCAAACUAAAUGCCACAAAACGAGGCAGUACACGUGUGAAGUUGUUUGGGGCCACCGUGCGCGCACCGUGUGACGUGACGGGACCCAGUUUCCAGUGUGCUCCGGUACCUCUAUCAACGACUCUAUCAAAGCAAAAAUUUCCCCGCUGAGAAUUGGGGACGCAACAAAAUAGUCGCAGACAAAAGGGCAGAAACGUUCGUUUUGGAGAAAGGGGCUGCAAAGACGUCUGUGCAGAAGACGAUCCGCGCACGAAGAUCACCGCAAAAGCAAACGCGAAAGCAAAGGCAAACGUAGACCUAGACUGGGACGGAUCAAGACACGGGCUUUAGCGUGUGGCCCGGUGUAAUCGGGACGAUCAGACUAACCCGUUCGGCAGUUUGUGGAGCCCAUUGUUACAAGUGUCCAGACGUUUGGCGGUGGAAUUCCAGGUGGAUGUAAUUACAGCGCCAUUGUUUCAACUCGUUCGACGCAAAAACUGCCUUUAACCGAGCAGAGUUUAGUCGAAUGCUUGUGCUUGGAUCUGGAUCGAGUCAAGUGUUCUGAUUUCAGUUGGGAAAUUUCUUAAGUGUCUGAUGACUAAGCCUAAGCCUAAGAUAUUCGAACUUAUGCUUUGCGAAGUUAACAGAAAUUCUAAUAUCUCAAUUGCUGCGUUGGGUUUAUUGGACCAGAGCAGCACCGGCCCGAACUUGCCUCGAGAGCAGCAAAUUCUUGAGCCUUAUCCUUCCCCUUUGGCGCUUGAAACUUAUGCCGUCCUCUUAAUUGGACACCACACACGCGUGAGACGCAACAAGAAAAUUCUUAAGCCUUCCCUAAUUGGCCCCAAUCAUCGAACUUGCCUGCAAGCUCGCGGCAAAUGUAAUCGAACCUGUCGAGCACGUGAUUUAUACCGUGCAGGGCCUGCCGUCCCAAAACCUUUCCAUACCACCAUACCAUGUUGGAGUUGCAGGAAGUUCCCGUCGCUUCCUGGUGCGCAAGGGGUUACGUAGAACAAAUCUCACUGCUUACCGCACAAAGUUCAUCCGUUCUUCGGGCGAUGGCCAAUGUGAAGGCAGAUGAGGUGUUGCCGUAAUGUGCAACAAACAAACGAAUAACGAAUAGCGCACAAAGUCUGACAGCAGAAUCAAAGUGAUUGGGAAAAAAACUGGCGGAAAGCAAACUUUGGUUCUGCUGCUGCUGCACAAGGAAAUCCGAUCGGAAAGAUCUUCUUCGGGUAGCUCGGCUUGCUGCAAACACUCAGUUUUGCAACUUCCAAUUGCUCCAUAAAAACUUAUUCUCGUUCUUCCAUCACUUGUCUCCAGCGCAGAUUUUAUUGGAUCGGAUUGGGAUGAGGGAGUGUGAAAAAAACGGGAACAUUUCAUUUUUGCAUUCCCUUUCUGCUUCUGCACGGGAAAGGGUAAGAAAUGCAUUGGCCGUGGUACAGCAGGGCGCAGAACAAUGCCACUUUCGAGUGACAUUGAGGGCGUUUGGUUGCAAACAUCUCCCUCUGCCUGCAGCUGACUGUUGAAUGCGAACGUCAUGUUUCAGAAUGUUAGGAACAAAAAAAAACAACGAAUCUUGAUGACAUUUCUUGCCCACUGUUCGGGAAGUUGGGGAAAUCACACGCAGUGACACUAGCGCCCCCCUGUCCUCCUGCUCCCGAGUCGCCCCAGAACAAAGAUGUCUUGCGACGCUGAUGUGUUGUAAAAAUAAGAACCUGUGCUGUAUUUUCCCUCCAAAUGAUUUAUUGUGCGAUGGCUUCUUCUGUUUUCACAAAUGAAGAGAUUUCCCCCCAGCGCAAAUGCUGCUCCUGCAAACCCACACAGCAGCUUGCCAAUGUCGCAGUUGAGGCAGUGUGGCCAGAGAGGCAUAAUAUCGUUCCCCUCCCAGCUGGUUGCCAAAGCUCCCACCCCCUCCCCUCGGCAUGGCUUUUAUUAAUUAGAAUGACGGCGGAUUUAGGGAUGCUCCCCUUGCGACCUGCCCACAAUCAAGGCUACGGUGGGAGAGCUAAAAAUCCUCGCUAAAUCAACGCUGACGAAGUUGAGCGAUUGGGAGCGACCAACCGGCAACCAGCAGCCGUGUCAGCGGUGUGUCGCCGAUGCGGUGUAACCCGGUGUGUAACCGCACCAUCCAGCAAUUCGGCGGGCGGGAAAAACGCGCACACAUACAGAGUAACCUUCAACCAUACCAAACGCACGCAUAAAUCAAACACUCUUUUGCGUGUUUCUUCGGCGCAAGACCUUGGCGCGAUACGUGGUGCGCGAGAUGUAGCCGUGAAACGGCCGUAACCAACGAAAAAGAAGCGGCAUAGCACAUGUCCGACCUCGAAGCGCAAACAUCUCCCUUCUUCCUUGGCAAACAAAACGAAGACAUAAAAAAAACAUUACAUUUAUAGAACCCUUCUUCCGAUCCAGUGCUGUAUCGUUCGAGGUUUUUUGGGACGAAAUUGAAGAUGAAAUUUUCCUGGACCGUACGCUAUCUGCCAACUAAUAGACAUGCAGGACAUGUGAUUCCACUUUUUCCCUUAUCGGUUUGCCAAUAUUUGACCAUCCAAACCACAUGUUUCUGGUGACUACCAACAGCCAACAACACGGACCAUCACGAUGUCCCCGAUAACUUGGCGCUGCGGUCAAAGUGCGUUUUUCGGGCUGGUAGAUUAGCGGUGCGUUGGAGAAGCAUACGUGAGUGACAGUGUGCGUGUGUGUGUGUUUGUGUGUGUGUGUGUGUGUAUGUGUGGUAGAUAAAUAAACAAAUCAAGCAGCCGCACAGCGUGUUCUUGAUACGGCCGUGAUGUGAGGCCGGUCGAUUUGGGUGCGCAGCGGGGAGUUAACACGCAAAAGUUCGUCCAAAACGUCGCAGAGGUUUCGCAACAUGGCACCGCAGGGUAUGGCCGGGCGCUAGAGGGAGCCACCAACGCAGCGAGCCGAACCACAGAAUGCGCAUCCUAUUCCAGAACGAGCCGGUGUACGGGAACUACGAGGAUUCGGGCGUCGCCACCAGUGCCGAUGCCCAUUCGCUCGUGUUCGAUGAGCCGCUCACACCCCCGCCCGUCGAUGGAGGCACUGGUGGUGGGGCGAAAAGUAAGAGCGCUCCGGCCGCCGGUUCACCGCUCGGCGAGCUGGAAGCGUUGGCCAAAGCGCUCGCCCAAGCGCAGGGCGCCAGCUUGGUGAAGCGAGCGGCCGGUGAGGCGCGCCCGAAGCGCCUGAGAAGACGCACCGAGAAAGCGGGCGACAAGCAGAAGUCGAGCGAACCAAAAAAGCAAGCGGUAGAGGCGGAACAGGAGGAGGAGGACGAGGAGGAGGACGAUGAAGAGGACGACGACGAUGAAGAGGAGGAGGAGGAGGAGGAGGAAGAGGAAGAUCCUGAGCAUGGGGAGGUCGGGGAAGGGGGCGAUGGACACUCACCGACCCUGCCGCAUCUACUCCACCACCGGCACCAUCACCAUCUGCCGCAUCAGCAGCGCGCCUCCAGCCGGAUGUCCAACACCAGCACCAGCACGAUCAAGCAGCACUACUAUCCGGAGGGUGGCUGGGGCUGGAUCAUCGUGCUGGUCGGCGUACUAGUGCACGUGCUCACCCACGGCCUGCAGACGGCGGUCGGUGUGGUGAUACUGGCCGCCGGACGCACCUACCGCAUCGAGUCGAUCAUCGUCACAGGAUGGCUGGGCGCCUUGUCGACCGCGGUGGCACUCUUCAUAUCACCCAUCACGAUCGCGGUAUGCAAGCGCAAAUCCACCCGGCUGACGGCUGUUAUCGGCGGGCUGGUGACCGCCCUCGGGUGCCUCUUCACCUCCUUCGCCUCCCAGUUCCACCAGCUGUUCUUCAGCUACGGUGCGGUCGUCGGUGUCGGCGUUGGGAUGACGCGCGACUGCUCCACGCUGAUGGUGGCGCAGUACUUCAAGAAGCGGCGCGAGUUCGUGGAGAUCUUCAUCGUGUCGGGCAGCGGACUCGGCAUUGCCGUGAUGUCCGCCUUCAUCAAGUCGGCGAUCGAUGCGAUCGGGUGGCGGCUCGGGCUGCAGGCCGUCACCGGCACCGUGUUCAUCACGUUCAUCCUCGGCACCUGCUACCGGUCCGCGUCGCUCUACCAUCCGCAGCGCCGCGCAAUCCUGCACCUGAAGAACCAGAAGCGCAAGAUCAAGGACAAGAACAAGCACGACGACCGGCCGCCAUUUUUCGACUUUAGCACGCUGCGCAGCAAAACCGUGCGCAUACUGCUCGCCUCGACCGGCAUCGGCGCAUUCGGCAUCAACACACCCAUCUUCUACCUUGCGCACGAGGUGCAGAAGGACGGCAUCGGCGACAAGGUGAUGAUCCUGCAGAUCUAUCUCGGGCUAGCGUGGACGCUCGGCUGCACCGCGUUCGGGCUGCUGGUCGUGCGGAACAGCGUCGAGUGCCGGAUCGCCCGGCAGUACCUCUGCCAGACGGCCAUCUUUAUGUGCGGCGUCUGCAUCCUGGCGCUCACCGCCGUCCACGGCAACUACCACGGCUACGUGAUGUUCGUGUGGAUCUACGGCAUCUUCUGCGGCGGGUACCACUAUUCGCUAAAGAUGUACACGUACGAGAAGGUGCGGGCCCGCAACUUUGCCCGCGCUUGGGGCUUCGUCCAGUUCGCGCAAGCCAUCCCGAUUGCGCUCGGCGUGCCGAUAUCGGGCUACAUGAACGACAGCGGGUCCGGCACGGCCGGCUACUACUUUAGCUCGGGCUGUGCCAUCGUCGGCAGCGUGCUGAUGUUUCUGAUCGAUCUGCACCGGCGGUCGGUAUCACGCCACAAGCACACCAGGGCGAACGGUACACGCCAUCUGUGCGUCUCGGAAACGUGCCCGCAGCGCCGCAAACUCUCCUUCUCGCAGGAGCCGGACAACGAGCCGGGCAUCAUCACCGGCAACACGGCAAUGAUGAUCGGGCCGGAGCUGCUGAUACCGCCGCUGAGCGACGGCAUCGUGGAACCGAUCAAUGGGCUCGACAAGCCGGAGCUGACCUGCAUCUCCGAGGAGGGUAUCGCCGACAUGGACCUGCCGGACAACCUGCUGGACGAUCUGGACUACGUCGGCGACUGCAUCACCUCGUGCAAUAAGGUGGAAAACUAUCUCAUGCUGAGCGAGUUCGAGAACAACCUCAGUGCCGAAGUUCCUAUCCUGCUGGACAAGCGGGGCCGCCGGCUGUCCCUCUCCAAAACGAAGGCCCUGCUCGGUGGGCACCUUGGUGCGACCGGCGGCGGUACGCUGCUCGGCCACCAUCAUCCCGAGUGCCCGAUCGAGCACGGUGCCGGUUACGGGCCGCCGGGCACGACGCCAUCACCGACGAUGGGCCCGCCGGGUGACACGAACGGGCUCGCCCUGCUGCAUCCUCACCAGGGCCAGCAGCAGCACCACAACCAUCACCAUCACCAUCCGCACCAUCACCACCAUCACAGCCAUCAGCCGGUGAACGGUGAUCUCGCGAAGAAUCUGCCACCGCUCGCGACCAAGUCGGACGUCGCGCCACAGAACACGAUCGGCGGCGGUGGUGCCGGUGGCGGAGGGCGGACCGGUGGCGGCGAGGCGGGCAAACCGGCGGGUGGAGGAACCGGUACGGCGGCGGGCGCUGCCGCCACCGGCUCCAGCACGCUCCAGCCCCAGCAACACUGCAGACUGAACAGCAAAUGGCGCCCGAGCCAGCAGGUCGGGUUUCUCAACAACCGCGUUAUAUCUGUGAUCGAUGAAGCCUCAGUUUAGCUACACAAGGACGGACACACAACUUGGGGUUGGGGAACAAGCAAAACUAGGGAUAGAGCUAAGAGAUGUAGAGGACAGACCCGUAAGGAGCGCGCAUUAAAGCAGAGUCGCAGUAGACGGCAGAGAGUGUGUGUCUGACGUACACACACACCUGGACGACCCCCAACACUUCCCCUAUUGUACAUAGAGCACUUACUCCGGUAGUUCGAUCGAUGUGUAAUCGCUAGGAGAGAUGCCUCACGCUUACGUUACUUAAUGCGUUACUCUUACUUAAUUUAUAAGCUUUAGAUGAAAAAAAAAACAGAUGACUUAGCCGGGGAGGGUACAAGAAGAGUGUAGAGAACGAUUGACUGAUUUGUUGAUUUUAUGUUGUUUUUUAAUUUGUUUUUUUUUUUUAUGUUAAUGUCCCUACUACGCAAUAGCCCUGAUCUGUGGGCUCCAAUUAGUUUUGUUUUUUUUUUAUUUCUCUCUCUCCCCCCAUAUACUACCCUCACUCGUUCACCACGCACCCUUCUCCUGCUCGAGAUUCGUGGUAGUAGGCAAAAAAUACUCCCCCUGUAUUAGUAGCUGCAAAGGUUUUCCUCUUAACAAUCACACUAGUGCACUCAGCUCCCUCCCACACGCACACACAUACACACCCCUUGAAGCAUCUUCAAACCUAUUUUCCACUGUAUUCCAAAGUAUCAGAUGCUAUAGAAUUGUAUUAGAAAAAAACAACCACCAAUCCCCACUUAGUAGUACCGAUUGCGAGAGAUGCUGAGGGGGCGCAAGGUUACGGUGGAGUAGUUUACUAUACACACAAAUAAAUAUGAAAGGAAAUGGAAAACAA